AUGCGGCAGCGCGCCGACAACACGCUGACAGUGUCCAGGAUGCGCUGCUCCCUGCGCUGCGUGUGGAUGAGCUGCUGGAUGAGCUGCUGGAGGAGCUGCUGGCUCCUGGCGGCCGCGGGGCUCCUGGCCUCCGACGCCGUGGUUCACACCGAGAUCCAGGCCGGGCCUCUGUACCGCACGGCGGGCUCUCCGCUCCACAUCUCCUGCAACGUGAGUGGCUUCAACAACGAGGACACGGAGAAACAGUUUGAGUUCCGCGUGGUGAAGCCCGCCAUGCCAAAUCUCGAAAUUCAGAUCUUCAGCACAGCAAACCCAGGUUUCAGCUACUCCAGCCACAAAGACCGCGUGAAAAGCAACGAUAUCUCCGUAACGCGCGUGAACCCAAACUCAGUCCUCUUCAACAUCCAACGACUGCUCAAAGAUGACGAAGGGAUGUACGAGUGUUCUGUGGUCAACUUAGAGAACGUGUAUAACGGCAUCUAUACUGCAAAGGCAGCAGUUAAAGUGAUCGACGGCUCCCUGAGCGUCUCGCUGCUCAACUCCGUCACCUCGCUGAGCCGUAAAGAAGGCGAAGCUCUGGGGCUGACGUGCCGGGCCUCAACCAACACCAUCCAGCACACCCACCUGGCCUUCGUCUGGUACCUCCGCAGGGACGGGGCGGGCGAGGGCGAGGGCGAGGGCGAGCCCAUCAUCUCCCUGGACCGGGACUUCACCCUGAGCCCGGGCCGGGCGUUCGCUCAGCGGUACCAGGACGGACUCAUCAGCCUGGAUAAGAUUGGAGAGGCCACGUACAGGCUGAAGGUGGCCCGGCUCCAGGAGUCCGACCAGGGUGAGAUCUACUGCCAGGCGCAGGAGUGGAUCCAGGAUCCCGAUGGCUCCUGGUACAAGAUCGCCCAGAAGGACACGGAGCAGGUUUUUCCCCUGACAGUCGAAGCCAGAGAAGUGUUGCCAGAUACCACGUCUCUGGCUGUGAAGAUCCUGGCGCAGCAGACAGCGCUCCAGGAGGGGCAGGAGCUGUCGCUGUCCUGCACCGUUGACACGCAGGACCUGGAGAAGAAGUUCUUCUCGUUGGCAUGGUUCUCGGGCGACACCGAGCUGGCCAGGGUCGGCCCCACGGGGAUCCUGAGCGUGGGGUCCGAGUACAGCGACCGGGAGAAGAAGGGCGAGCUCAGAGCCACGCGGGCCGGGAGCAGGGAGUACCGCCUCGUUCUGAAGCCGGUCAAAAUGCAGGACCAGGGCGAGUAUAAGUGCCGGGUGUGGCCUCAGGACCAGGGCGCCGACGGAGCCUUCACUCAGAGAAAAGAGCAGGACUCCGGGUCCCAGCUGAUCACCGUCUCAGCCUCAGAAACCGGGCUGUCAGUCACGAUGCAGGACGCUGACCCGACCGUCAACGAAGGGGACCGUCUAAGGCUCGCUUGCAGAGUGGACGGGGUCAAAGGUCAGGUCUCAGUCACCUGGCGACGUGGCUCCAGCAGCAUCAUCAGCCUAAGUCGGGACGGCGUCAUGGCGAAGGAGGCCGAGUAUGCGAGCCGACGAGCGAGAGCGAUGCGCCCGACGUCGGAGAGCUUCGUCUUAGAGCUUGACGAGGCCACGCCCACUGAUUCCGGUCUCUACUGGUGUGACGUGUCCGAGUGGGAAACCAGCGACAAGAUCCACAGCCAGUCGCAAUCGACCACUGUGACUGUGACUCCCGUUGAAUCCCUGGUGAAAGUGUCCCUGAAGAGUCGCAAGGCCUGGGUGACCGUGGGCGACAACGUGGAGUUGAUGUGCCUGGUGAAAGGGCCGCGCAUGCCGAUGAGCCUGGCCUGGACCCGGAAGAGCGGCGCCGGCACGCUGAGCAACAUCGUGACGCUGAACGCCGAUGGUGCCAUCAGCUGGUCCGGAAACCAGCACCACUACCAGGUCAAGGUGGAAAGCCACAGAGAUGCUUUCAUUUACUAUCUGCAGAUCAUCGGCAUCAGCCCCAGGGAGGAGGGGCUCUACCAGUGCAGCGUCUCCGUCUUCCUGGAGGAAGUGUACCGGAGACUGCCGCCGUCCAACCAGCUGACGGUGACGGUGCAGCUCCCAGGUAACGGAGGUGUUCAGGAACCUUUCUGGAAGAAAACUGGUUUGUUUUUCUUUUUUCUCACCAACCUUCGUCUCCCUCUCUUAGCGAGCAAGCUCCAGCUAUCCUCCCCUCCCACCAUGACGCAGAGCAUCAACGCUGACGUGCAGAUAAACUGCUCCGUCGUCUCCAAAUCCUCCGCCUCAUCUCUGUUUGCCGUCACCUGGCUGCUCAAUCGGGGGGCGGCGAACGAGACGAUCGUGAGCACCGAUCGGAACGGGUUCAUGACCUCUGGGCCCCAGACCGGGCCGAGCUCCGGGCCGAGCUCCGGGCAGCGCGUCAGUGUGCGCCGCACCGACGGGCCAGCGUUCCUGCUGACUAUUCAGCGGGCGAGGACCUCGGACGCGGGGUCGUACGUGUGCCGGGUGGUGGAGUGGCUGCCGGACCCGCGCGGGGACUGGUUUUCCCUCCCCACCGGGUCCACAACAACGACCCAGCUCGCCGUCACUGAGCCUGCAAACGAUUUCCUUUUAGAAAAGACAGACCCGCAGAUGACGGCCCAGGAGGGGGACCAAGUGCAGCACAAGUGCAACAUUGCGUCGGGCGCCACCGACGGUUCCUACUUUUACAAGGUCACCUGGCUCUACACGCCGCGCACUUCCCCCGCCAUCAGGGCGCCGCUGGUCGAGCUGGACCACACUGGCCUGCUGAGCUACCCAGCCAACCCGGAGCUCGGCGGGCUCCGGGGGCGGCUCCGCCUCUCCAGGCCGACUCAGCGCAGUUUCUGCCUCAGCAUCCAGGACGUGCAGGAAGAGGACGGGGGGGCCUACCAGUGCCAAGUGGAGCAGCACCAGCUGAGCACCGAAGGUGUCUGGCAGCAAAAGGCCACAGAGAGUGGAAACGCUGUUACGCUCACUGUCAAGGUUGCAGACACAAAUCUGUCCGUUGCGAAGGAGGAGGUGGAGUUGAACGUGAGCAAGGCCCAGGACUUCUCCGUCCCCUGUCGCAUCACCCAGCAAACCAGCAGUGAAUCCACAUUCCAGGUCACGUGGUUUUGGCGGAGGAGCACCAUCAGCACACGGCAGCCUGUGUUCACAUUUUACCGAAACUCAACCCUCCAGACCCGGGUUUGGGCGGGCGAGCUGAGCUUCGGUCACCCUCUACCCACCCUGUUCAACCUGACGCUGUCAAAGCCUGGACCGGGAAACAGUGGCCUGUACUUCUGUGAAGUGGAGGAGUGGCUGCCGUCGCCGUCGCGGGGGUGGAGAAAGGUCGCGGUGGAAGAGUCAGGAAACUUGACGGUCGUCGUUUCCAUGCAGGAAUCGGACGCCGUCUCGGGUUCGGAGUGCUUGGAAAGCACCUUGAUCCUGGUUCUUGUAGCCGUCGUCGCUGUCUCGCUUGUGGUCAUAGUCCUUCUCCUGGUGAAGUUGUGUAGGAGAAGAAACUCAGGAGAGAAGAAAUUAAACUCAAAUCUCUGGGCUGAACAGCCUCUGACGGCCAAACCCAGUGCAGACUGAAGCCCCGACACCGGAAGAGAGGAAACCGUCUUUGUUACGUCACGCAACACCUGCAAAAUGUCUCAUUGUAUUUAAAACAACAAACAAAUGCACUUGUACAUAUCUUUUUUAGUCUCAGGUAAACAUUUCUUUUUUAUCAACUCUGUUUAUUAUGUAAAAUAAAAAAAAGGAUAAGUUUUACUUUUAUGAAAUAUUGA